AUGGAUUUACAGAUUAAGGCAAUGGCACAUCAAGCUAUGAUUAUUUUAUUAAUGGACUCAGGCAACAUGAAGGGAGUGAAGGUUACAGCUGACGAUUGUGUUGACGAAGACACAGGUUUCCUCCGUCGUGUUGCCCUCCGGCACGUCCACCACGUACGACUCCACGGCCACGGUGCCGCCGCCCUCCGCCGCGUGGAGGGUGGUGACGGACCGGUAGUUGGCCAGGCGGUGGUCACCGCCGACGAUCCUGAACCCGAUGACGUGGCGCUCGUCGUCAAGGAUCUCGAGCCGCUCCGUGCUCCAGCCGGCGGGGAGGCCGGAGACCACGCGGACCUCGCGAAGGGUACCCACGUCGCCGUCGCCGAGGACCACGUGGCAGCUCUUCACGAAGUGCUUGUAGGCCUGCGGAUUGUCGAACCGCCGGAGGACGGACCAGACGGCGGCCACGGAGGCGGAGAUCCGCUGUGUGACGGCGGAGCAGCACUGAUCGGGGCCGACGGCGUGGUUGUGGUAGCGGGCCACGUGGUCCGGGACCUCCGCGGCGGGGCUGCGGUGGGGUUUCUUGCCGGCGGCGGCCGGGGUGGGGAUCUCGCUCAUUCUUUGGAGGAGAAGGGAGGAUUUUGGUAG